GCAAACGGGAACAACCGGCAACAUCAUGGAUGAGUUUCAUACGGGAGAAGAAACUGCCUUUGUCGUUGAUGAAGUGAGCGCCAUCAUUAAAGAGUCAGUAGAAGGAGCCAUUGGAGGCAAUGCUUAUCAGCACAGCAGAGUGAAUCAGUGGACAACAAAUGUGGUGGAACAGUGCCUAAACCAGCUUACCAAGCUGGGCAAACCUUUCAAAUACAUUGUGACCUGCAUUAUCAUGCAGAAGAAUGGGGCAGGUCUGCAGACAGCCAGCUCUUGCUUCUGGGAUAACACUACUGAUGGGAGCUGCACUGUGAGAUGGGAAAAUAAGUCCAUGUACUGUAUUGUCAGCGUCUUUGGGCUGGCAGUAUAAGCCCAGCCGUACAAUACUGCCUAUGCUUACAGCUGUCAGAUUUUCUCUCUUUAGUACUUAUCUUCAGCAUGUUUCUCAGUUGUUGGCAACCACUCUCUGUUAUUAUCAAAGGGCUUUUCACGGCUGUGAAGCAGUAAGGGUCUAUUUUCUUACAUUUUGGAUAAAUUA